AUGGGUGGGUGCUGUACCAGCCAGAGCAUUAAGAUAAAGGCGAAAGUGUCAGUAGUUCAUACUACGAUUGCUAAUCCUAAGAAAUAUCCCGGCCAAAGAGGAAUCAAGGGACGAUCUAGACUCAAAAACAGGAAACAGAUUAAGCUCUAUCCUGUGUUAAUAUAAAUAUCUUCGACUAUUUUGACUUAGAAGAUCUGGAAAAGGUUGCAAGAGUCUGCAAGCUGUUCUGAUCAGUUGCAACAAUGGAUGCGCUGUAUCAAAAAUUUGAGCAAAUGAUAGACGAUACUUCCGACUGUCGGUCGUCAAGGAUGAGCUUCCAAAUGGGAAAUUUAGUUGAUGAAGAAAGAAUAGACUUUGUAAAUGGGAAGAUCAGAAUUGAGAGAAAUUCAGGGAUGAAAAUUAUUGAAGAGCUUGACUCCAUUCAUCCAGCCAUUAGUACUAAACCUUCGACAAAACCAAGAGUGUCUGUGAUACGUCCACCCAUAUUCAAUGAUAUUCCAGAGGAGGAGAGUGAGUGGAAUGACCAGCAAUCGAGAAUGACAGAUAUGAAUGCCCCAAAACCGAAUAGAAGCAUUCAGCAGAUUUUGAACGAUUACAUAAAUGGAUCUGAACUUCAGGUGUUUAAAAGGCAGGAUCUUCCCAAGAUAAUCCAGGAAAAUAAUGAUUUUAAUCGUACCAAACCAACUAGAAUUGACAGCUUAAAGUCAAAAUAAGUUUUAUAAAUAAACUUAGUGACCGACUGAACCAGACCCAUGUGUUUUCAGAGGCGAUGGGAGAUGCUUAUACUGACUCGCAACAUAUUAAUGAUGGGAUCAUGACAAUCGAGUCGCAGGAGCUUCCCUUCUUCCCAUACUCUAUUCAUAAUUUCAGACAUAAUCAAAAUCAAAGGGAAAACAGCAUAUCGCUGUUUAGAAAAAUGCAAACUAAUGGGUCAGAAAUAACGGAUAACAAUCAAGUGAAUACCGAUAGAGAAGGUUCGAUUUUGAGUAUCAGAAAUCCUUCCCGAAAUUCUUCCAUUAAUAAGCUGAAGCAACUGCCAAACGUUGGAAGGAAAAGAAACUCUCACUUUGUGAGACUGGAUCUCAUUAAAAACCUCCCUGGAAGGUUCGGCUCUAAGCAGAGUAUCCACAGCAUCCAGAAAGCACCAAGUCUGGUGAGUAUCAGAGAGCAUCCUGGAGAAGAUAACAACAUUGAGACUCUGCAGCCUUCUAAUCAUUUGAAUGUGAAGAAUAUUAUUGGACAGAAAAGGAACUCUUUUUAUCCAAUGGACAAAAACCAGUUGAAAGGACUAGAUCUGGGAUCUAUAAAGGAGUAGAUCCAUCUUGU